AUGGAUUUUUUUUCGGCGCAGAGGGUGUGUUAUGGUACUCAUAUGCUAGUUGGUGAAGUUGAUGACUGGUGUAGUGAGCAAGGUCACCGUUCCAAUGAGUGUGAGAACAAGGUGCUUAGAUGUCACAGAUGUGGUAAGAUCGGUCGUCGAGUUACUGAUUACAAAGAUAAUGGUCCGACUUGUUUUAAUUGUGGUGAGCAGGGUCAUAUCAGCACCCAGUGCCAUAAGUCAAAGAAGGAUGUUGAUGCUACCAAGAUUAAUGGUAGGGUGUUUGCUUUGAGUCGAGCGGAGGAUACAAAGAAGGACAACUUGAUUCGAGGUACUUGUUUUAUUAACAAUAUCAAAUUGGUUGCUAUUAUUGAAGCUGGUGCUACUCAUUCGUUUAUUUCUCUUGAUUGUGCUACUAUGUUGGGAUUUCAAUUGUCUUCUAUGGAUGGUAGUAUGGUAAUAGAUACUCCUGCUAGUGGUUUUGUUACUGCUACUUUUGUUUAUAAGGAAUGUCCUUUGACUAUCUUUGGUAGGAUUCUUGUGAUGGAUUUGGUGUGUUUACCCUUGCACCAAAUCGACGCGAUUCUUGGUAUGAACUGGUUGGAGUUCAACUAUGUUCAUAUUAAUUGUUUUAAUAAGACGUUGAGGUUCCCCAAGUUUGGUGAUAAUGGAGAACUGAUGUUGUUGACUUCUAAGCAAGUGAAUGAAUGCCUUAUAGAUGAAGUCGUGAUGUUUGCAAUGUUUGCAUUGUUGCAAAGUGACCGUGAAGCUACAAGUGUUGAACUUUCGGUUGUUUGGGAAUUUCCAGGGCUGUUUCUAGACGAUAUAAGUGAUUUGCCACCGGAACGUGAAGUAGAGUUUUCUGUAGAAUUGGUACCAGGUGCGAGUCAAGUAUCGAUGGAUCCUUAUAGAAUGUCGGCUUCUAAUAUGAAUGAACUGAAGAAGCAAUUGGAAGAUAUACUCGAGAAGAAUUUUGUUCGGCUGAGUGUCUCUCUGCGGGGUGCGCUCGUGUUGCUAGUUAAGAAGAAAGAUGGAAGUAUGAGGUUGUGCGUAGAUUACAGGCAGUUUAAUAGAGUGACUAUCAAGAAUAAGUCGGGUUAUCAUCAGAUCCUGGUUGAGGAAGGAACAGAAAGAUCCCAAGCUCUAAUAGGUAUGACCGCCAAUUAG